UAGAGUUGUAACAUCGGUAAAUAUAUAUAUCAGCACUAAUAAUUAGUAAACGACACAUUAAUGGGUAUAAAUUGGUGUAAAGUGACUUAAUCCGCGAUUAUGAGUUGGUUUUUUAUUAUUUAUUGGUUGUUUCUGAUUUUUAUUGAUCUCUCUUGGUGCGGAUUCUUAUCUAGUAUUAACCCUAAUGCCUUUGAUAAAGAGUGGUCGGAGUUUAAGAAUAAAUUCAAUAAAACCUACGCAGAUCAUCAUGACCCGAUUAAAAAAACCGCCUGGCUGUCGAACCUGGAAAAGAUCAAACGGCACAAUGCAGAAGCUGAAAGAGGCCUGCAUUCCUAUUACUUAAAAGACAACAAUUUAGCCGAUCUGAGCCACCCAACGUACUUAACAAAAAUGGUCAAACUAACAUCGAGCAGACAUCGUAAAGUGGACUUAGAAGUAGUAGGUGACUUCUACCAUCGUUUCCACCAUAUUCCUGAAGAAAUCAAUUGGAUCGAUAAGGGUUUUACUACCCCAGUGUACAACCAAAAGGACUGCGGCUCUUGCUACGCCUUCAGCAUCGCUGGAGUGAUCCAAGGACAAAUUUUCAAGCAAACAGAUAAACUGGUGCCACUAAGUUCACAACAAAUUGUGGAUUGUAGUGCUGCCACGGGAAAUUAUGGAUGUGCGGGUGGUUCCUUAAGAAACACGCUUAGGUACUUGGAAAAAGUUGGAGGAAUAAUGGCUUACAGUGAUUACCCUUAUAUUGCAAUGUUAGGAAAAUGCCACUACAAUAAAGGACAAGCAAUUGCGAAUAUCACGUCUUGGUCGGUCCUACCUGCGAGGGAUGAAAAAGCUCUGGAAAUAGCAGUGGCCAAUAUAGGGCCGAUAGCCGUAUCGAUUAAUGCGGCGCCUCAUACCUUUCAGUUUUACCACAAAGGGAUAUACGACGACCCAGGCUGUAGUUCUACAAGCGUAAAUCACGCCAUGUUAGUGGUGGGUUACACAAAGGAUUAUUGGAUAUUGAAAAACUGGUGGGGCAAACACUGGGGAGAGCACGGAUAUAUGAGGCUCAAAAAGAAUAAAAAUAGAUGCGGCGUCGCUAAUUAUGGAGCUUACGCUCUUGUAUAAUUCUCGUUACGUGAAACAUGAUUUAAAGUUGGA